GAGCUGCUACCCCUAGUCGACACGUCUAUUAAGCCAAGUGCCUCAUAAGUAGCGCCCAGCCACUCCAGUCGCACCCGAUCUCUUGCGCCCCUUGCGUCGUGACCAUGAGAUCGACAACACACCCAGCCAAACCCCUCGAGCGUAGUUAGCUUACACAUGACCCCCUCGCUCUCCUAUCCGACCAGGCGAGUUUCUCCCCACUUCGAUGACUUUAGCUGGCCCGACUUGAGGCGUGAUGGCUGCUGCUACUCUCCUUUCCGCUUCUUUCUUUUGGGGCAUCCCUGCAGUGUUCUCAUCGUCGCUGGAGUUGGUGCUCGAGAUGUCCCCCAGAUCGACCUCCCUGGUCCUCUUGGGACCCGCCAUCUGCGCGGAGAUGUUAACUCAACGUCCAUCCUUCCAAGUGCAGUCGCUCCCUGCUCUUGCUCAGCUGCAUGACCAUCAUCCGGUGUAGCAUCGUCUACCG